CUGCACGACACCUGCCACAGCUUGUAGAGACUGCUGGAGCAUCCCGCUCGCUCCGCCUCUACAGGUUGGUGUCUGACUGGCGAUGACUCAAUGAAAUACAACAACAAACUGAGACUGCAGCACAACCCCCUGUAGUUUUUUUUCCUCUUGCUGUUUCCCAGCCACUGCAACUGGACACGUAGAGAGAGCAGAGGAGAGGAGCAGCUGCUGGACCCGAUGGAAAAGAAGCAGGCACCUUCUCAUCAGUACGGUUCACUGGAGCGCACUGAAUGGAGCAGAGACACCAGCAAACAAGAGGACGACGUGGUGUCCAUGGCGGACUCCACCAUCACCGUGGACGACAUCGAGGGGGAGCUUUCUAAGAUUGAGAGGAUCAGAGACGUGCUGGUCCGGAGGGAGUCAGAGCUCAGAUACAUGAUGGAUGACAUUCAGCUGUGCAAGGAGAUCACUCGUCUGAAGAAGGAGCUGCAGAAAUUAGUUUCCAUACCAGACAAUGACAAGUCCAACGAGGACCGGCAGAAGGAAGAAGAACUCCUGCAACAGAUCCACAAGCUGGUCGAGACCAGAGACUUCCUGGUGGACGACGUGGAGUUUGAACGACUCAGGGAGAGAGAAGAAGAUAAAGAAAUGGCAGAUUUUCUGAAGUCCAAAUUCCCAAGAAAUAUGAAGAAGAAAGGUGUACCAACCAGACGGGUGCCAUCCAGAGCUCAGCAGACUUCUUCUCCCUUUGCCAAGACAGGCCUCACCCUGCUGAAGGAGUGCUGCGGCUUCACAUGCUCCAUCAUGUAGACUGGAGGGGCCCCCCUACAGGGCUUACACAGGGGCCACAAACAAACAAAAUUGGCCACUCCACAAGAGUCAGUAUUUCCAGUUUCAGCUUUUCAGUCCGAGAAAGACUUUGAAGCAUGGAUGGAGCAGUACAGGCACAAGUUGUGAAUAUCCCAGAGGGGGAGCAAAGGAUGUUGCAAGGAUCAUGUGGUGUGUUUUGCCAAGACCCAAGUUUGUCUUGUGUAAGAUCUGUUUGUCUCUUUAAUUGGAUUUCAUAUCUGGUUUUGUUUUCAUCUACUCUCUUAUCCCAUUUUUACUCUUGUUAAUCAUCACUGCUCAGCCAACUUCUUCCAAAAACAAGUAUUUAUUUCUCUUUUCCGAGCACAGAGCACAGGGUUUGAAAGACAGAAACAGCAAAGCACAAGCGGGCAUGUACUGUGUACACACUAAUUGGAUUCAACUAGCAUGACACGCCUACAAGUUUUAUAUUUAAAGACUUCCCAGAGCUAUGAUAACUGUCAUCUCCUCAUUAAAAAGUAGCUUUUUUUUCCACAGGAGUCAGCAGGCCAGACUUGACACACUGCUGGUACUUUAUAAUCGGCAUUAAGGAAAUAACACUAAUGAAAGUGACAUUAAUCAGGAGCUCUCUUAGGAUGAAGUUUCCUGUGAUUUGACACCAGAUCUAAAUGGGCAUGAACUUUUGAAAAGUGGUGCUUUGUGAAGAAAGAACGGAUGUCUCAUUACGCUCCAUUUUCCUUUAAUGCUAGUUUACUAAUGACUCAUUUGUUGCAAAGAAACACUGAAGAACAUCCCCAGCACAGAAGUUUUUAGUUGUUUUGCUAAAACUCACUUCUCAUAGUGCUUAUAUUAUUUACAAGACUGAUUAGUAAUUUUACUUCAGUAUCUUAUUACAAAUUUCUCAUGAUUAUGAACAGAGUGCCAAUAAGUCCUUAAAUCAGUACGUCCACACAAGUAAUUGGUUUCUUCCCACUAAUAUGACCAACAGGAGCUUUUCAUAAAUUAGCGCCCCUAAAGAUCAACAUGUCCUCAUACAUAAACAUAAUGGUGGCAGCUUUAAAUGUGUGAUUAAUGUUGUGAAACGAUCAAAGUCAUAAUCCUGUGUUUGUUUGACACAACUCCUCCAUACACAGACUGUGUUGCUCUUUAUACACGGUUGCCCUUAAAGUUAGAACUAAUUUCCAUGAAAUGAUGGUAAAAUGGUAAAUGGAGUACACUUAUAUAUCGCUUUUAUCCAAAACGAUUUACACAACACACUAUGCUCAUUCACCUAUUCACACACCCAUUCACACUGGUGGCCGAAGCAAUGCUAUAACGUUGCCACCUGCCACCAUUGGAAAGUCAUUCACACACCGAUGAACGCUCAGGGGCAAUUUGGGGUUCAGUAUCUUGCCCAUUCUUCGACAUGUAGGCUGCCAUGGGCAAUCAAAAUCAAAAUCAAAAUUACCUUAUUUAUCUCCGAGUUAGUCUGGUAGAAUCUCUGGAAGAAUGAGACCGCCUGAUGGCUGUAGUAUCUCUCCGUCCUGCAAUGGAGAGAAAGGAGCCGUCCACUGCUGUUUUUUGGUCCAAAAAGGUGUUGUGUAGCGGAUGUUUCGGGUUUUUCAAGAUGGCCUCGAACAUCUUGACAG